GGGUCAAUUUGCAAUUAGCGUCGUUUCGGGAGGAAAUGGAAGUGUAGUGGUGACCGGUGAGUUGCUACAGCAGCGGUGAAGGACAAGUUGGGAUCGGCUCUGGCGGCCACCAUCCAGGUAAUAACAGUGAGUGAGAAUGGAGGCCAAAUUCUUUCGGUUUCUGAAGAUAGUGGGCGUGGGGUUCAAAGCGAGAGCUGAAUCGGAGGGUCGCCUCCUGUAUCUGAAAUUGGGGUACAGCCACGAGGUAGAACUGACUGUACCUCCGGCAGUGCGUGUGUUCUGCUUCAAACCAAACGUAGUGUGCUGCACUGGGAUUGACAAGCAAAGGGUGCACCAGUUUGCUGCUGCUGUUCGCAGUUGUAAGCCUCCGGAAGUUUACAAAGGCAAAGGUAUCAUGUACAUUGAUGAAGUUAUCAAGAAGAAACAGGGAAAGAAAUCGAAAUGAUUGAGAUACGUUCCACAUUUUUCGAUCUCAAUUUCUAGUAUGAUGAUGUUUUUUUUAGGAGUUUGGGAAUCAUCUGAAGAAUUAGUUACUUUUUGAACAUUUUCUGUUUUUCUCUAAAUUAGCAGUCUCUGCAUUCAUCCAACGAGCUUUUUGGAGGAAAACCAUUCCAUUGGUUCUCUCCAGUUGGGAAUAAAAUCAGUUCCUGGAAAUUUGUUAAAAAUCCAUGGAAGCUUA